GAUUCUGUGUCUCCCUCUCUCUCUCUGUCCCUCCCCCGCUCGUGCUCUGUCUCAGAAAUAAAUAAACACUAAUAAAAUAAAAUAAAAAUAAAAAACCAGAAGAAUAGAGGCUCAUGCAGAUUGUGAUAAUGAAUUCCAUUAUUAACAAGUAUUAUUUUGGCAUUUGCACAUCUGUGAAAACUGUAACCAAACACCUUAUGAACCAAUAAGAUGUGGAGUUUUUUGAUUGAACAUUUUAAAUAUAAUUUUCCGUCAAAUAAAGACACUGCUGCAAUGAGGAUGUUAAUGGAUGCUGAACCUAUUUGCCCCCAAUUGUUAGCCAAACCCAACCAGAAAACGGAAGCUGGGAGCCUCCUGGGGCACCGAACCAGAAUCGGCAGAGCAGCGAGAGUCUGAAGGGCCCAGGGGAGGCCUCCAUCACCAGUGUCAAGAGGAGGCACUUGUGUUUUGCUGUAUUUUGCUUGAAAUCGGGUGAUGUUAGAGCAUAAUAAAUGCUGACGUGCAUGACGUGAUAGAGAUAAAACCCUGAUUUGUAGAGAGAGGGGCAGUAAGUCCUCCAUUGGGGAGGCCUUUGUUGCAUUGCCAUUGGUGUGUGAAGACAGGUCCUUGCAUACGACAUGAAGACACACAGAUAUAUGCCUGCAAAGAAAGGCAGACGUAGAUGCAGUGUCGGGACUGUGUGUCGUUUCUCUUCUGAUUUCUUCAGUUUCUCAGUGAGAUACAAGUCAAGGCCCAGAAGGUAAGAUGAGAGGGGCGGUGUGAUAAGCAGCCAUCUCAAAGGAUGUGAGGACACCCACCCUGGAGACCUAGAAGCCAUGGGCAGCACCAAGGACCCACCCAAGGUGAAGUCUUGACAAGAGGUUGGCUGAGUUGGUAGGUGGAAGGAGAGAGGUGGAGUCACCCAGCACUAGGGGGAGGGGAGAGAGGGGAGGGAGCACAGCUGCAAGCAAGGGAGGGGUGCGGUAUAAUGGCGGUGCCGCGAAUCCAGGGCAUGGAAGUGUGUGUGCACUGUGAUGGUCAGCCAGGCUGGGCACCAGAGGCAGCAAGCUGAGGAACAGAGGACGUAGUCAGAGGGAGGGCCCUUGAACUAGAAAUGGAGGAACAUAGCCAUGGGUGUUGUGGAGGCCAGGGAAUGAGCUCGGCAGUGGCUGACUGAAGGAAGGAAAGGUGAGGUGGCCAGGAGAAGGGGGUUAGAACCUAGGUGGAUUAGGUAUGUGCAAGCAAAGUCACCACGAUCGGUAAUGAGCAAGACUGACUCUACUGCUCAAGUCCUCAUCAACUGUGAGAUGGUUGGAGGUUCUGUCGCCGACGCUGCCCAGGAAAGGCUGCAGGGCAACUGCUGACAGCUUGUGCUUCCAGGGGCUGGGGUUUGUGGAAGAAGAAAAGCCACGAUCCAAAUGCAGCCAGAGGGGUACCCAGUCCACCUCCAGCAGGACAACACUCUGGAGAGGUGGGAGGAAAAUGGAGAAGAAGAGGAAUUAAAGCUGGGUGGACUGGUCUCCAUUAGAGCCCAGCCUGACGGUCAGAAUCAUCUGGAGGGAUUCAGAACAACAGAAGCCCAGGUGGUACCCCCGGGGACACUGCUUCUGAGCUACGUCAAAGUCCAGGGCUGGCACUUUUAAACAUCCACCCAGGUGACCCAAUAGGCAGCCAGAGACCAGUGAGUGAAGGAUGGUGAUGGGCACAGCCCAGCGCAGGGAAUAGAGCUGGUCACAUGGUAACAACUUCGUACGGGACAGAUGGGAGCUCUGAGUAAGAGUAUUGUGGAAUCACUAUGUUGUACUCCUGAAAGUAAUGUCACAUUGUGUGUCCACUAGGCUGCCAAGUGGCCAUCCCAGAAGCCACGACCCCUGGGGCCUUUGGGGACCGGGGCUCCACAUUGCCUUGAGUGCAGUCCCACUGAUGCAGCCACAUUGUUUUGUUACAGGUGAUCUCAGUGCACAUUAUUUGUCCUGUAUUUUUGGAAUUAUGUGUAUGAACAGGUUAGACCAUCUCUGGAUUUUGUUGUGUGCCAGCAAAGAGAAUUGCAGUCACCUGCGUGGCUGAGAAGCUGUGUUCAGGAGGACACAGGACAAGGGUCUGGUGUCUGUGACAGACUCAGGACCAGGUGGAGGUGAGUGAGGGACAGGGCGACAAAGUCACCAUGGUAAUCAAGCCUCCCCCACACCUCCCUCCAAAGUCUGAAUGAGGAGCGCCCAGGGCUGGCCAGGGGCUAAACCCCUGAGGAGUCCUCAUGGGCACCCUGAGGGUGAGCAUGCCAGUCCAGCAGGAUGCCAUCAGUCACCACCAGGUGGCAGCAGGGGACAGGAGAGAGGGGCCAGGCCCCACACAGGAAUAGCUAGCUGCUCCUGGGCCCGUUUGGUUGGCCACCCAGGUGUCUCAGCCUCCUAUCUCCAUUCUAACAUAGAACCAUCUCCCCCAAAUCCUACACUUCCCGGGGCUCACCUGCCAUAGAAGGAAAAUAUGUUUCGGGUGACCCUUCCUCGCUUCCUGCCGUGUUGGGAUAAUCCCACCAGUCCCCAGGCGUGGCCUGACUCCUCUCGCCUCAGUCCCUCUGAGGUGACCUCCACCCCCUGGACCCUGCUAUCCACUCGGGCCUCCUGCAGCCCUGGGCCCAUCUCCCACUACCCAGACUCUCAGGCCCAGGAAGUCCCCUACCCCUGCCCCAGUGGCAUGUUGAGGCAUGUUGAGCAGAGCAGGGAUUCCCAGCCAAAAAGAAAGGCUUGAGCCCAACCCCAGAACCGGUCACCCUCAGCCGCAAGCCAGGCAUGGCCGGAGGCCCGUGAUGCCCCAGUCCCCACUGUUCUUCCUCAGCGACCUCACAUCUGACUUUCUCCCACGUCCACUCAACUCAACCACAAGCCGACUGCCCCUCACACAGCACCCCAAGCCUGUUGCUCCUUGACACCCAUGGGGGCCCAGGGUGAGGACACACCCCUGGCUGUCCAACUUGUGCUCUCACUGCCAAGGUCUUGACGGGCAGGUUGGGCCCGCCCCCAGGCCAGGUGCCGCCUGUGGGGCAUAAAGCCUGCAGAGGCAGCUCCUGAGGGAGCUCUGCUAUCUGCCAUGAAGGGGAGCAGCACCCUCCUGCUGGUGGCCCUCACCCUGCUCUGCUCCUGCGGGCUAGCCAUCGGGGAUGACAGCAGUGACUUCUUCAUGGACUUCCUGCAAACGCUGCUGGUGGGGUCCCCAGAGGAGCUAUAUGAGGGACCUCUUGGCAAGUACGAUGUCAAUGCAGAUGCCAAGGCAGCACUGACGGAGCUCAAGUCCUGUAUCGAUGGCCUACAGCCUGUGCACAAGGCGGAGCUGGUCAAGCUGCUGGUACCAAGGCUGGGGCGGGGGCGGGGGGGGGGGUCACCCCAUUCCCUGAAGGCCUGCAGCCCCCGCAGGACACAUAGCCCUGCCCCACUAGCCCUCCACCAAAUGCUAUGACUCCUGAUUAUCACCCCAAUACAGCCACCACCCCCACAGACACCUUGACCUGCCUCAGUCAGCAGAAGUGGACAUCCCAGACCUCACUCCCCCGGAGCAGCCUCAGCCUCCCCUAAGAGCACAUACAUGCAUACGGCACACCCACACACAAGUAUGCACCACUUCCGCCGUUGCUAGGAGGGGACUGGCCGAAGUGUGCCAGAGCCUACGGUCCUCCAGGGGCUGGCCUGGGCCUACCCGCCCAACAGGACGGGGCUUUCUAGUUAUCGAUCACCAGGUAUGGGACCCCCAGCCCUCUUGGCCCACACCUGUCUGCCUUCCAGGUGCAAGUGCUGGGCAGUCAAGAUGAUGCAUAGUGGACCCCAGUCAUGUCUCCAAGCAGCCACAGGACCAGCUACACAAGCAGCAAUGGCCACACUGCCCCAUCACCACUUCUCCGCGUGUAAAUUUAUCAUAAAACUGUUCAAUCAAUAAAGCCUCCUGCAGCUCUGGCUCUGGCUCCUGUCUCCCCCCACAGUCAGGGACACAACCACAUGGAUAUGCGGAUUCACAGACACAGGGUCACAUCCGCAGAGCGUGCCCGUAGAAGUAGCCCCACACAGAGGGCAGACCCACCAGACCCCCAUGUAGGCAGACGGAGCAAGACGGACAGGCAGGGGAGUGGACGCAGGAAGGGCUACAGAGGCAGCCGCGGGGUGCAGGACCAGUGCGUCAGAGGAGGCAGGGCAAAGAGCCCCAGGCCGACGAUGUGGCUAGAACUGGGAGGUCAGGCUGGGGGCGUUCUGCGUCUGAAGACUGUCAUUCCCAGACAAUAAAUAUCCCAAAUAUACACCUGGCACAGGUCCAGGGGUUGAAAGCAUUCCCCCUAAAGUCACCCAAGAAAGAGUCUGUCUGGAAGACGUGCAGACCCGAGCCCUAUCCCCACGAGGAACCUUGACAAAGUGGAGAAGAAAGUGCACCUGGUCUUGAGGACACCCGUGGUCGAGGGGUGGGCAUGGCCAGCAGUGGCACAGGAGGGAGAGCAGGGUCUGGAAAGGUUCCACAGAAGGGCAGCAGCUCAGCGCCACCCCCCAAACUCCACAACCAGCGCUGACCCUACCCUCACCCAGGAUCCCAACUGCUGGAGCCUUCUUGUGCCUCAGUUUCCCCAGAUCAGUGGUCUUCACUGGAAGCAAGGCUGACUAGGUUCAUCUCUGCCCCUCACAACCUUUGCUCUCUGGCCACUCCAGCUCUGGGUCCUGUGGCCUCACCCUCCAGUACAGAACCUCACUGUCCCUUUUCCCACCCUCCAAGCCUCU